AUGAUCCAGCAGCUGCAAUACAAGAGCGAACCAGUCCGUCCAACGCCCAUCGUGCUGCUGUACAUUGUGCGAGAUGCUCUGCCAAACAACAUUACCGAUGCCAUGUUGAUGGUUCGAUACAUUGCCGACAUGAACAAGGACAAUCGCAAGACAAAUCUUACUCUGCAGGCCAUUCACUCUGUGCUGUCCGCGUUCGACCCAAAGACCAUUGUUGUCUUGUGUGACUUCCAGCUGGUCUUACCGGGCGUCGGUAUUCCCUCCAACCUUCGCCAGCUCGCCAUGGGUGACACGGUGUUGGCGCUGAUUCCGUUCCGUCUCCGACCCAAUGCACCCCUUCAGCUCAUGUCCGACGCAGGCUUUUUUGAAGAGUUGCAGGCCGAUUACCCCGUUUUUACCAUCCAGCGGUUUACCCAGGCGUAUGGAAAUCUCACAAAGACACAGCAAACCGCAUUGCUCAAUACCAAUUGCCAAUCGAUGAUUGGACGACGCCUCUUCCAGCUCUUCCACGAGCAGGCUGGACAAAGUAUCAUGCGCGUCCAUAUCCCCAAGGUGUAUCGUUUGCCACAUCCUCAUCCAUCCGACAAGCAAGCACGAACGCAGGGUUGUGACGCCUAUGCAGGCCUUUCGUCGAGUCCCUUCAUUGCGGAUUUCAUGGACAACUUUAAGCGGCCUCCGCCCGUCGUUGACGUUGUUGAUGGAUUUGCCCGCAACCUGCCGUCUGAGCGCGAUGGUGAUGGCCGUCGCAUUGUCACUCGACGACCGUAG